AUGCUUCUUCCCGCAAUCGCUUCUCAGACUCUUCUCUCAUCGAACUCUAAUUUACUCUUCUGCAAUUGUAUUCCAAACCCUAGACCUUCCAAUUCUUCUCUUAAGCUACCCAAUGCGUCAUCCUCCUCCUCGUCAUCUCCUAUAUUCACCCUUCCCGCACGCGGUCUCCGUUACGUGAACCACACUGUAUCCGAUGGAGCAUCAGAUUCCGCAGCCGGUGCCGGCGGUGGAGAAACCAUGGUGGCGUCAGCCUCCGCUAUCGCUUCCGCGAUCCGUGGAGCCUCGACGACUCCUGUGGAAUUCACACAGGUGAUUGAAAAAGACCAUCUCAAGACGAAGAUCAUCUUGCCCAGUCCCGAUUUCCAGCGUCUCUGCCUCGAGCAGUUAGAUCUCUUCCGUAGAAUCGUCGAUCCAAACGCAGUCCUCUCGAUUUAUGUAAGACCAGCUGGUAGCUACGUGAUGGAUCGAUUGGAGCUGCGUCGUGUCACUUGUUACCCGAGUGUUAAUGCCGGAGACGUUGUGAUCUUAGUUGUAAACUUUGGUAUCCCCGCCGGUCUACGAGCCGCCGAAGCAUCACUUUCCAGUCAACAAGUAGAAGUUGUGAACAAACAUAGAGCUGCAGUGUUUCCAAUGGUGAAACACCCGUUUGUCGUUGGUUUCUUGGUUGCUGAGUUACCAUUAGAAGCCAGGGAGGAGGAGGAGGAGGAGGAGGAGGAGGUGGAGGAAUUGAGUGGUUUAAAGCAUUUUCCUUCGCCGGAGGAAGCUUAUGCUUUGCCUGGCUCAGCUAAUGUGAGACCACCAAAAGCUAAAGUUCCAUCUGUUAAGGUGUUCACUGCAGAGCAGAGAUCUUAUGCUAUUAACAUUUCACGGACUCUCGCUAUGGCAUAUGUCAUGGAUCAGAAAACAAUGUUACUUCAACAGUCGUCUUGGCAAAACAAUGUGAGGAUGAGUAAGCUAGUGGAGCAGAUCCGUGGUCCGCUCUCUACCAUUAGGACGUUAAGUAAAAUGCUAUCAACUCACACGAAAAGAAAUCAGAUUUCACAUGAUAUUGUCGACGACUUAAUCGUUCAAGGCGAACAACUAAGAGACACCCUUCAAGAACUUCAGGAUGCAGUUCACUUGACAAAGGCUAAUAUUGUCCGCCACAAUGAAGAAACCCUGAAGAAGAUAAACAAAACGCAUAACGAGACAAGGAGAUCAAAGUAUUCCGGUGACUAUGAACAUAAGGAUCCCAUUGAUGGGUCGCAAAUCCCAAGUACACGCCUUUCGCUUGGUUCUGGAUCAGAUGAUUCAGAAAUGCCUAUGCCUCCUCUGGCCCUAGCAGCCCUACAAACACAUAACAUAAGGAAGCAAAUCCCAAGUACACGCCUUUCGCUUGGUUCUGGAUCAGAUGAUUCAGAAAUGCCUAUGCCUCCUCUGGCCCUAGCAGCCCUACAAACACAUAACAUAAGACCAUGCGACAUUUCUAAUGUGCUUUUAGAUAUGGUGGAGACUGUGAGACCACUUGCCCUCACUCAGCAAAGAGUAGUGGAGCUAGGUGAAAACUCAGCUUCACUGCAAGUCGCUGUUGAAGAACCGGCUUUGAGACAGGCCAUGAGCAACCUCAUUGAAGGUGCUCUGUUGCGCACUCACGUCGGUGGAAAAGUUGAAAUCUUGUCGACUAGAGCUCCUGCCGGAGGUAGUCUGGUGGUAAUCGAUGACGAUGGUCCUGAUAUGCGCUACAUGACGCAGAUGCAUUCGCUAACACCGUUUGGAUCAGAGCUCUUAUCGGAGAACAUGGUUGAAGACAACAUGACGUGGAACUUCGUGGCGGGUUUAACCGUAGCUCGAGAGAUCUUGGAGAGUUACGGAUGCGUGAUCAGGGUUAUAUCACCUCGCAGCUCGGAUGCAGCCUUAGGAGCUGGUGGGACUCGUGUAGAGCUUUGGCUCCCUGCCUUCACCGCAGGAGAGUCUGAAACCGAUGAAGCAUAA